UUGAGAAAGCGUAGAAAAAUAUUUGGUAAAUGGAGAGGGAUAAGCGGAAAAAAUCGAAGAUGCCUUGCCUUUUUGGAGGGAAUGGGGAAAAUACGAACCGGAAAACUGUUCAACCGAGGUCCCCAAGCGAUGCUAUCACUGAGCAAUAUUCGUACACGUUUGAAGUUGGGCAAACCUCUUCUAAACAAGCAUAUGGUACACCAAUGAAGACAUUGUUAGCUAAAGAAAUGUUAAAUGAAACUUCAGCCAAAAAGCGGUCACCAAGUCUUAUAGCAAAGUUGAUGGGUCUAGAUGGACUGCCAUCUCCCCAGCCUAUCCACAAGCAACAAAGAAAGUUGUCAGACAACUCUCACAAGAGUACUGCCUCCGUAGGAGGCAAAAGGAAUGAGAAGCCAUUUAGUCAUCAGUCGGAUAAGAAGAGCGCCAUGGAGCAGCAACAAUUCAAGGAUGUUUAUGAAGAUCUAGAAGCAUCACAUGUUGCAAAUAAACGUUAUUCACCACCAUCGAGUGCAAAAAGGAGAUCCACGAAACAGGAAAUGGGGUACAUCCAGGAAAGAUGCGAUGAAAUGCUUAGGGAGUCCAUUGCAAUUAAAAGUAAACUUGAAAGGGUAGACUCUAACUCGGACUUAAUGUUGAGUUUUCUGCAGAAGCCAGAUUCCUUGUUUGUAAAGCAUCUGCAUGAUCAGCAAGGUAUCCCUUGCAGUUCUCCCUGCAAUCAAAUAACAGUUUUAAAGCCGUCAAAUUUUGUCAGACAUGGAGCCCAUGGCAAAGGCUUGAAAGAAGAGAGAGAAACAUUAAACUACUGUGCUACUAAUUCUCAUCAAAGAAACGAGGACAGGCUUUUAGGCUACUCCAGUCGCAGUACUAAUAAUUCUCAUAGAUCAUCCAGAAUUCAGUUAGAAAGGAACGAGGCAAUUGCCAUUUCUCCAACAAGGAUUGUCGUUCUGAAGCCAAAUGUUGCAAAGAUCUACAAUGACAAGAAUUCUGUUCAUUCUCCUGAUGAAUUUAGGAAGAACGCAGAAUCAGAAUGCUUUAGUAGUGGGACUGGGCAGGGAGGAUCUCAGAAGUAUAGGGGGGCACUAGGUGAAGUUAGGUCUUCCAGGCACAAGUCCAGAGAAGCUAGAGAGAUUGCAAGGCAGAUUACUAGUCAAAUGAAAGAGGGUUUUGAAAGUGGGCAUGUUAACUUAUUUGAUCAUGGUUUUAGAGCAUAUGUUGGGGAUGAAAGAUUGUACAACAUGUCCACAAGUGCCUCUGUUAGUGAAUCAGAAAUGAUGGUGGUGCCUUCCAGAAAUUCCUUUGACCGGAGUGACAGACCCAAGCAUUCACCAUCUAAUAUGUCUGAAUCUUCUGUGAUUAGGGAGGCAAAGAAGAGAAUGUCGCAAAGGUGGAAGACUCACGGAUAUAAAGAUGCGGGAAUGGUUGGUAAGGGAAGUACGUUGGAAGAAAUGCUUUCCAUUCCUAACAGCGAAAUAAGGCAUGGCAAAACUGGACGUGUUGUGGGUCUGGUUGGGGUCAGUGAUGAAUAUGCUUCACCUGGAGGAUCGGGUAUGCCUUUGGGAAUUAGCAGCAACGAUGGUUGGAGAGAUGGAUAUCUUAGAAAUACACCAAGAUCAAGAUCUCUCCCUCCCUCUUUACGCAACCGAAGUCAUAGAAUUAGCAACUAUCAUGAAGCUCAUGCUGAUGAGAAGAUAGUGGUACAUAAUGAGCCCCUCCAUCGAGGUAAAAGUAAGGGAGCAAAGGGAAAUUUUAACCACAUAGAAGAUUUACGAUCCAAAAAUUUAAGAUACACUAAAAGGUGUCGCUCCUCCCAACAUUGCAAUGCCUGUAGCCUUGAGUUUGCUAAUAUAUCAACAGAAAACCAUUCCAGCCAGAAACCAACUGAGACUUGCUUUGAGAAUGAGGAUCCUGCUGAACAAGAGCCACUGAUUUCUGAUAUUCAUGGUGCUACCACCAAUGCAGCUACCACCAAUGCAGCUUCUGUUAUUGAUGUGAUUAGGAUAUCUUCUGAAUCUUCCAAUGAGCUGAGCCCAAGACUCAAUGUAGAUUCCUCUGCCAUUGAUGAGGACAGUUCAAAUUCACAGGAACCAUCAACUUCAAAAUCAGUGGGUACUGUUUCCAUUCGGUUGUCUGGACCUGAGCUAGAAUCUUCUGAAGGCUCUAAGGAGGUUGAUCAACAUGGUCAAAUUUCAGUUCUGGAAGUUCCUCCUACAGAAGAUGUAUCAUCUGGUUCUGAUUGCUUUGAGACAGUCAUUUCUCAACUUCAUGAGCUUAGGAAACAACUUCAUCUGCUGAAGAUGGAAUCAGGAUCUACUGAUGAUAGUGCAAAUGAAGAAGAGGUUGAACAAGGAUCAUGCUUUACCGUCUCGGAAUCUAACAACUGGGAAUCUACGUACUUGACAGAUCUCCUACAAGGUUCUGGUUUCUCAGAUAACGACCCAUAUACAUUCAUGACCACAUUGUAUGCCGUAGAUUGUCCUAUAGAUCCAUGGUUAUUUGAUCAUCUCGAAAAGAAAUACUCUGGAGAUUCAAACGUCUCAAGAUCCGAAAGACAUCUGCUUUAUGAUCGUAUAAACGAAGCAUUGUAUGUUAUUUCCAAGACCAGGGUAUCUUGUUCGUGGGUGAGUCCUGGGAAAAGAGGAAUCCAGACGACAUUGACAGAAAUUGGGUUUGAAGACCAGCUACAGAAGGUGCUUGCAAAGCAAGAAAAGGAAGCAAAGGAGGAUUUUGAGGAAAUAUCCAUCGACAAGGAUCCAGACUGGUUUCAACCAGUGAAAGAAAUCGAUGUUGUAGGUAAGCAAAUUGCAGAGCUGUUGGUAAACGAUUUAGUACUCGAAAUCAUAAGCGUAUAGCAGUAAAGGGAGUAGGGCAUAGAACAAAUAAGGGACUCAAAUGACAAACCAAAGUAGUAAUGGUGGUUUUUUUGGUUAUCAAGAUUGCAUUUGAUUUUGGUUAAUGAUGUGUUUAUAUACCAUUCCCUUUUGGGU